GUAGAAGAACAAGGCCUGAACUCUUCGCCUUACUUGGAACUCUGCAAAAUGAUCCCCGACUUCUCCUCGGAGAAGACCCUUCGGGAGUUACCUCGGGCCACCUUCCUCCAGAAUGUGAGCGACAUCCUGUACAUUGUCGAGCAGAGACUCAAUGGACACACCUCGAUUAGGGCCGUCCAGUCCAUUAUAGGCAUCAGGAACAACCUCUGCUGCCUGCUCUGGACCCUCCCCGAGGCUCCCUCGGCCUGCCCGGCUCCCGGGAGCAGAGGGACCCUGUCCAUUCCGACCCAUCCGCCUUUCCCCUGGAAGAUGGAGAUGUGCAAGAUACUAUGGGGGUACCAGCGCUUCAUGCAGGCUGUGGAGAGGGUGCUAGAAACCUGGCCUCCGAGCCCGGGCCACAGCCAUAGGGAUAGACGUUCUCUUCUCAGAGCCCUGCUUGAGCAGAGGAGGCGAGGGAGGGCUGGCUGA